GCCAUGACUUUGGCAGUACCGGGCUGCGGAGUCUCCAGGCACCUUAAAGCGGACUGAUAGAGGAGGCUAACACCGGGGAAAGAGGCAUUAGCUGACGCCGGCGCCAGUCGAUUUUCUGUCAAGGAAGAUGCUGUGUGAUGUUUUUCAAUAAAUAUGUUGGUAAAGAAGACCAGGAGAACCCUCUAAAGAACCAUACCUACUCUGGUUGAGAGGACAAGAAACGACUUGUUUCAGAUGGACACUGGCAAAACACCAGCAUUCUUUAUCAAGAUAGAAGAUUAGACUUGACUCAGCACAGUUUUAUCUCCUCUCAGUCCUUCCAGAAAAAAAACCACAUCUGCUUUCUACCUCCUAAAGAAAUAGAAAAGGAAGAAACAUCCAUUUACUCUCCGUGAUUAGUUUCUCUUCUUCUCAUUGUGCAACAUUUUUCCAUUUUACCUCAGGGAUCCUCUCCCACCGUCUACCUCCACCACCAAAACAGCCAACCCAGUGACUAGAACACGGAGUAAAAUACACCCGUGACCUGCCACUGUAGUUACCGUGACAACCUAUAUUGCCUCUCAAUACAAGCUCUCCUCAGUGCAACCGUGACGACCAGCAAUGACCUUGGACCUGUAACCACCUGCCAGCCCUUACCUGCUCACUGCCUAAAUAGCACUGAUCAACACAAGCCUGGUCCAAUUAUUACCAGAAGGGAAAAGGGGGGAGCUGCACACUCACAUUAAACUCACUCUUUCUACACCAGGCAGGCAACUAUAUACCUCAGCAAACAGCUUCUGGAUAACAGAAAUAACUUUCAAUCACUGUUCACUAUCCUGGUGCUUAAAUCUACCCAGCAGGUAACACAUGCUCACUAACCUGGUGCUUCAACCAACCUAGUAGACAACUCACUCCAUCAUCUUCCAAUUGCCUUAAAGGCCCGAAUAUAGCGACAGUAGCCAGGGACAUGCACAAAACUUCAGUUCACCUGAUCCUCUGCAAAGUGGCAUCAUACACAAGCCUCACGAGCUGAGCAGUAGCAUAAAUCAGGAGUCGCCCCCGGAGCCUUCAACAAACACUCAGAAGACACUUGGAAGCCCCCCCAACCCCCACCCCUCUUGCUUUGAGUUUACUCGUCUCUUCGGGACACUUCCAGCGCAGUAAAGCUACCCCAGGAGGAGGGGAAAAUAUUGGGAGCCUCAUCUGGUGUUCUUAGUCUGCAGGCGAGACACAAAAAAUAAAGAAUUGACUGUCAGAUUUAACAUCAAGCAUUAUACGCCCUGGAAAGCACAGAGAAGUAAACACAGAGAAGAUCUGUAUGGUGCGACAGUGAAGAAUAAUAGAAGGAAAAAGGCAAAGCAAGCUUCUUCUAAAGAGAAGGAUGUAAUGCUUUCUGCCUCACCCACUGUGCUCCUCCCAGCCAACCACUGGCCACAGUCUGGGAUGGCUAACUGCUGAGGGAGCUGCCAGUGAAUGCUGAGCAGGCUGGCGAGCUCACCGUCUGCCUCGUCGUCCUGUGAUUGGCUGCUGGAUGGGACUGAGGUUGAAUGGAGCCAAUGUCCAACAAGCAGGAUAGCAACUCGUCAGAGGGAGAUGAGAAAGGGUGGCCAGAUGUGCCAAAGAGAAAGAGAAAGAACAGCCAGUGCUCAGUGAAGAGCAUGUCUGCUCUUAGCGUCUCUGUUCCAGGGUAUAUCCCCAGCUACCUGGAGAAAGACGAGCCAUGCGUGGUGUGUGGGGACAAGGCAACUGGGUACCACUACCGCUGCAUCACCUGCGAGGGCUGCAAGGGUUUCUUCCGCCGGACCAUCCAGAAGAACCUCCAUCCGUCCUACUCCUGUAAAUAUGAAGGUUGCUGCAUCAUUGACAAGAUCACACGCAACCAGUGCCAGCUGUGCCGCUUUAAGAAGUGCAUCUCUGUGGGCAUGGCCAUGGACUUGGUGUUGGAUGACACAAAGCGCGUGGCCAAGCGGCGUCUGAUCGAGGAGAAUCGAGAGAAGAGGAAGAAAGAGGAGAUGAUGCGGGUGCUUCAGAUGAGGCCAGAGCCGGACAGCGCAGAAUGGGAGCUGAUCAGGAUGGUGACCGAAGCCCACCGGCACACCAACGCCCAGGGCUCCAGCUGGAAACAGAAGCGCAAAUUCCUGCCCGAUGAUAUUGGCCAGGGUCCUAUGGUGCCCACUGCAGAUGGAGAUAAGGUGGAUCUGGAAGUCUUCAGCGAGUUUACCAAGAUAAUGACCCCUGCCAUCACUCGCGUCGUUGACUUUGCCAAGAAACUGCCCAUGUUUUCAGAGCUGCCUUGUGAGGACCAGAUCAUCUUGCUGAAGGGCUGCUGCAUGGAGAUCAUGUCGCUGCGUGCUGCUGUGCGCUAUGAUCCUGACAGCGAGACUCUGACACUAAACGGCGAGAUGGCCGUGAAGCGCGAGCAGCUAAAGAACGGUGGGCUGGGCGUGGUGUCGGAUGCCAUCUUUGAUCUGGGCAAAAGCCUGGCGCAGUUUAAUCUGGAUGACUCGGAGGUGGCACUGAUGCAGGCCGUGCUGCUCAUGAGCUCAGACCGUUCAGGGUUGACCAGUGUGGAGAAGAUUGAGCAGUGCCAAGAGGCCUACCUUCUUGCGUUCGAGCACUACAUAAACUACCGCAAGCACAACAUUCCCCACUUUUGGCCCAAGCUGCUGAUGAAGGUGACAGACCUGCGCAUGAUCGGGGCUUGCCACGCCAGCCGCUUCCUCCACAUGAAGGUGGAGUGUCCUAACGAACUGUUUCCCCCGCUCUUCCUGGAGGUGUUCGAGGACCAGGAAGUGUAACUUUACAUCACCCUUCAGAAAGAACACUUUUGGGGGGGUGGCUUUGGGAGAAGUGGAAGUAUGGCUGAAGGACAUGAGAAGAAGAAAAACUGGAUUUUUUUUUUUUUUUGUCUUCACCAAGAACACACCUUCUAAACUUCUUUUGUUGCCCCUUUAUGUUGCUUUUUUGUUUGUUUGUUUUUUUUGUCAAACAACAUCUGCCACCAGCAAGCACACAUCAUUAUUAUCACAGAGGAAUGCAAUCAGUCUCACUAGGUGCACACACAGAGUACAAGACGUGUAAAGACUCACAUGGCAAUUCACAGAUUCACACACCACAAAAGUGUAUUUAUAUGCAAACAAAAUCACACUGCCUCUUUUUUGCACCCCCACAGACAAACAGCUGUACUGUUCCUGCGACUAAUGCACACUGAGGGGCUCGUUUGUGUUUCUGCUAGCUGCACAGCCACCUAUCACCUCAGACAAUUUUUUUCUAUUUUUUAAUCUCUGGGACCUGACCAUAAGCUUCUCAGUCAGUCCCUACCCUUCCCUCACAUCUCCUUAACUGCAAAGGCAUCCUCUGUCUGCAGCCUAGCCCUCAAUCAGCCGAGGCCCUGUGAGUCUUCGUCGACCUACCUCCCUCGCGUGCUGACCUCUUUCUCUCGCUCUCAUGUACACGCAGAGGCACACAGUGUACGUGCACAAAACACACCCCUACAGUAUUACCUCAUACAAUAAGACCUUUUUAAUUGGAAAACAUGGAGUUUUGUGAUUUUUAGACAAACCAUAUGCUGGUGAGAGCACUUUGUGCGAAGCCCUUAUUUAUAAACAAAUAUGGCUUCUAAAUGCAGUCAUAAGACGUUCUGGCUCAGGUUCCCAAGCAUAGAUUCAAUCUAGUCUUAGACUAAAAACAACUUUUUUUUUCAGUGGAGAUCUUCAUUGAAUUUUUCUUUUAGUCUGAAACUAGGCUGUUAUCCCUGUGUGGGAAACUGAGCUCACAGAUAUUACUGUAAUACAUUAGCAGUUACAAGAUGUCAUGAAAAUCGUGGUGCUUUCUGUGAUCACUGAACAGAGCUGGUUGAUUUAAGGCUUUUGAGAUCCAUCUUUGUACACUAAAUGCUCCUCAUUUUCUUGCAUGGGUUAAUAUUCAUGGGAACAGAUUUUUUUUUUCUUUCUUGCUGUGACAAAUGUGAAGAUUGAUGCCACUCUCAUGCCUGUAUUUGAAGCUAGGGCUACCGACUGCUUACCUUAGCAUAGCUUAGCUUAUUGCAAAGGCUAGGAGCACAAAGAAACGUCCAGCGCAGUUGGUGUUACAGUGUAAAGAAUACGUGUGUUAGAUGCCAGACUUUUCAUUAUUUCCAAUUUUGCACCAAGUUAGUGUUUUUAUUGGUCGUAGUUUUGUUUUAAAACAACAGAUUAGUAAUUUAUGUCAUGAUAAAAAGCAAAUAAAGAAAAUAAAGAAAAAUGUGUCCCAGAAUACACAACAUAGUUCCAGAGUAGUGGAUUUCAGAAGCUAUUAGAUUAAUUGUCAUCAUGUUAAACACAAUAUUUUUCUGUCCAGUUAGUAUUUAUCAAUCUAAUCAAUCCCAGUCAUGAAUAUACCUUAGAAUAGAUUAGCGUAACAACUCCCGUUGGAUCGACAGGGCUUUACAGCUUCAGGUCACUGUUUCAUCCUUUGCAUGUCAGCGUAAAGAUAGGGUUACUGGCACACAUAUUCUAAACAUAUAUAUCAUAAAACAUCUGGGAUCUAACUUUAAUGGCUGUUGCAUUUGGCAGCUAAAUUUAUAUUUCUCCAAGAACUUGAUGGAAAGCAAAAAUGAAGCUAAAAGAAACUAAAUAUGUGUAAGCAGUCAGCUGUUUGCCAUCCAGUCCUGUUACAAUUAAAAGUAUCUGUUUCUGUUUUAGUUCUCUCUUCCUGUGAUAUGCUGAAAAGUCAGCCACGUGGAGCUGUUGGAGCAUAUGAAAGCUGUAAUGUUUAUAGAAAUGCAACAGAAUAUUAGCUUAUUUUUCAUUUAUGAUCCAACCAAAUAAGAUUCAGUGGAUUUGGAUAAUCCUUCCUUCCACCAUACACCCUUACUGUGCUUAAAGUACGUGAGAAAAGCUCCAUUCCUCAUUCAGUGUUUACAGAAAGCACUGAUUUAUUCAUAGCAUCUUUAAUGUCCAGAAUGAAAAAAGCUCAUUGCUACAUUGUUUUUAUACUAUUACCUACACAGGACAUCUGCUUAUAUUUAUACACAGCUGGAAUACCUCUCCAACACAUACCUCCUACUGUCCUUACCUCACAUACUCAUGCAUAUUACACACACCCAUUUAGUUGUUACUGCAUGUGUUACCUCAGCUGUUUUGUGGUCAGCUCUUCCUCCUUCCUGUCUCGCUGUGUCAGUGUAUGAGUGUCUUCUCAUUGGAGCCCCCUGCCCUGAUAACGGCUCCAUGGUUCCACCUCCUCAGCUUCCCACCAGCUUGUGUUAGGUUCAGCACUAGCACAUGAUGGAUGAUGGUGGAGGUGGUUAUGGAAGAGGGAAACCUCGUCAGCCCCCCCCCCCCCCCCCCCUCCAUUGCCUGUACCCGUUUCAAGUCCCACCUGAAACUGGUAGAUUCUACCUCACCUCUCAUCUAAAAGCAGUUUCCCUUCUGUCUGCAACACAUAAAUAUAAACAUGCACAGAGAUAUAAAUACACACAGAUAUAUAUAAUCACAAAGGACUUGCCAGCAUGGACCCAUUGAGUGUGCAAAACAUCUUUUAAAUGGGCCGUGGAUCAACAGCUGACAUGGCAGACUUUGUCAUUUUUAUCCCUUUUUUCAUUUUUAUCACUCAAAACUUGGGACCAAGAGUCAUUUUGAAUUUUUAUUUAAGAACCUGAAAAGGCAGCACCGCAGACAUGAAUCUGUGAAUCUGAAUCUGUGUGCCGAUUGAACAUAGAGGAAACUGUCAGGACACGAUGACAGCUGGAAGCUGGCACUCCAGUUGAAUUUUGGCCCUGUCGGGUCAGGCCAACAGACUCUUGUGGGUGGUGACUGGGAGGUAAAUAAACAGAGAGUGAGUCAGCAGUAUUCGCCUGAGGAUAUGGUUUUUUUGUCCUGGCAGAGGUGAAGGAAAUGGCGAGCGUGUGACCGUGGCAGUGACUCAGACCAAGCCACUAGCAAACACGGACCGUACAAUACGUCUCCAAAUUCGCCCCUCGCUGUCACAGCAGAAACGGACAGGACUUUAUGAGCGAUCGUCCCAGAAAUUUAAACACUGCUGAAAAGAUCUCCACCAACCAUAUCCCACACUGGCAUCCACUGCAUAUAAUAAUUAUCAGGGUUUUUUUUUUCUGUUGCACUAAAACCAUGUCUGUAUCCUUUUAGUAGCCCUGAACUCCUUCUUCUGUUCCCCCAAAAUCUUUCCCCUUCCCGCCUGUAGCAGCCCUGAUAUCCUCUGUUUCCUCAUCUCUUGAUUAUCUUAUAUAACCAACAAGGACUGUGAUGCGGCGCUGCCACUCUCAGUGUCACCAAUCUAUGUUGCAGGGUAUUUAAACAGAACAAGCUUAUACAGGGAUACAGUUGUGCACACACACACACACACACACACACAUACACACACAGCAAUAGGAUGAUUGAGCUGUACAAGUUCACAACUGCCGUCUGCAGGCCUCCUGUGUGUGUACAGCACCCACUGUCACUGUGAAUGAAAGCCAUGCUGCAACCGGGUUAAGGCUCAAACAGGGUACUGCUGGUUUUCUAAUUCACACAUGCUAAUGUGCCUCGCAGAGGUUGGUAGUACAAAUAUACAUUAUAUAGGAGCAUGUAUUUAUAGAUAUAAUUGUAUGUAUGUGUAUAUACAUAGAAAUAUGCACACACAAACAAUGCAGUUAUUGUAUGUGGCAUUAGAGCUAUCAGGGGGUGAGUUUAUGCUGCCAGUUCCAAUCAGAUCAUGAAUCUGUCAAACCAGUCAUGUAGCACCGGGUGUUAGGCGUCUCCUGUCUUAGCUUAUGUAAAACGAAUACAGACAGUAUUAAUACCUUGAACUUAGAGUUGAGUGUAAAGUUUUCUCACCAGCCACUAUGAAUCCAACCAUCAGGGAACAGCGGACACUGGACCUGUUUUCUCAUUUUCCAUCAUUGUGUUAUAGAUGGAUGCUUAUAUUAGACAUAAUCCAAGUUUCAAAUAAUGAGGUCAGUGUAUGUACCAGUAAUCCCUCUGAGCCAAAGGUCAGUGUGAAGGAAUAUCCUUAAUACGGUCAUCUCAUUAGCCCAGAAACCCACCUGCUGGUUGCGAAGGGAAGCCAGACAGGAAGGGAGCACAGAGUGAUGAGUUCAGCAAAAAUAGAUAGAUUAUUUUCAACUGUGAAAAGCUACUUUUAGUCCAAGAAUAAAGAUCUGGAGCUGAAAAUGAGCAUAAUAGGGUCCCUGCAGUCACAUGAAGAAUGCCUUACAGCCUCAAAAUGAGCAAACAACCCGCAACAUUGGGACACCUAGGUGGAAGAGUUAGCAAGAUGCCACUUACUUGCGCUCGGGUGUAGCUCGUUAGCGCAGAAAUUUGCCGAGUAUGAGAAAGGUGCGAUGGCCUUUGGUGCGAGAAGAUAAAGACCACUAAUUUAAACUGCUUCCUCACAGGAAACAAUUUGCAGUGACAUAACGAACCCAUAGAAAGUCAACAAUGUGUUGUAAAGCUUGAUUGCCUUAUAUUUGACUCACUUUUUGCAAACCUCUAGAUGAAUUCACCUCUUCCUUUUGUUUCCCCCCAUUUUGAGACUGAGGUCAGCUUUGUGAUCUAGAUUUGAGCCGGCAGCACGGCCUCUCAUUUCCUCACCCUCUCUCUCUUUCUCAGCCAAAUGAUCACUGGGGAAAUCCUCCCCGUGUCCUUUAAGAAAAAAAAAAACAACAACAACAAUAGCACACCAGCACCACAGAGCACACUGCCUUUCGCCGUGAUCAGUUGCACCAGCAUAGCAGAGAGACAGCAGCCAUCCUUCUCACCAAAACGCCAUUUUUCAUAGUCAUCGAUCCAUAUUGCUGCGCUCAGAUAGCAGACGAGUCCAGUUACUGCUUUGAAUCUGGCGUCUCAGUGGCUGCGUUUUUAACCAGCUGCACGAGACCUUCAUUUGUUGUCUUUAUGGCCUUGGUUGUCAUAGUGACAAACACAACCAAGUACCCAAGCAUGUCUUCUGCAUGACAGCUCUGUUACUAACUAAUGGCAUGGAGUGUUUCUUCUAACUUUUAGGGCUUCAUAAUCUCCAAACAAAGUCUUUUAUUUUAAGAAAUCUAAAUGGAAGAACUGAUUUGUUCUGAGUAGAGUUACACUGUGGAAUUACGCAGACAAGACGCAGUCAAAAACAUGUCUUCUUGUGGUGAUACACAGUAGCGUUGUUUGACAAAAGCAGCAUAACUGAGGCCACUCAGAGGUAAGGUGACCUCCAAAAGUUACCAUCUGCAUCAUGUUUCAAAUUUCCCAAUCAAGCUGUAGAAUAAAAGUCUGCAUGUGACCACACUGUCCACACUGUGACCACAGAACAGUUUUCCUUCUCUGUCGGCCUCUCAGAUCAAAGUAUCGGUUAUGUUACGUUUACAGUAAACUUAAAUGUGAACUUGAUGCUGAGCUGUGAUACUGCAGCAUGGCACAAAACUAAAAACAACUACUGCUUUUAUUACUUACCCAGGGAGAACAUCUGUAAGUCAAAAUCAUUUCGCUCUUCCUCACAUCCACCUUUCCCCAUCCUUCCACCGCCGACCCCAGGUGUUUCCUCUGUAUGCGUCUCCUUCCUUUCCCACACACUCUCACAGAAACCUCCUACAGCUCAUACUAGCACUCUCUGGUGGAGAAAGAUGACAAUCCCGGCAGGAAUAUGUCCACAUGUGGAAUGUAAAAUACUGAAAUUGUAUAAUUAAAGACACGGUGUGAAGUCCCACACUCACGUUGCUUUUGAUGUUGUUGAUGUUGCUUUUGUUGUGCACCAAGUGUUCGCUGUUCUGCUUUUUCUUUGGUCGAUGAGUUUGGAGGUGGGGUCAUGAACCAGAUCCUGUGUCAGACUGCUACUGAUGAGUCCUUAAAAGAAAAAAAAAAUAGUAUGUUUAUGAAAGAAUUGUGUGAUGACUGAAAACUUUGAGUGAUUUAAAGCAAGGGAUGAAGUGAAUGUUUUGGGUAUGGGGGAUUUUUUUUUUUUAUUUAUAUGAUUCGUUUGUCUUUAUUUGCAUCUGAUUUUCUUGGUAAGUGAAUGUCAAUCUGUAUUGAUGCUUUACUGUGAGAAUAUGGCUGUAUAUGCACUUUCAGACCAUCAUUGGUGCAGUGGUAGCUAGUGCUCAGACGUCACCCGCGGGUCAGGGUUCAGUUCACCUUCAGUUUAGCCAACAGAAAAAGGAGUCAUAUUCAUAAAUACGAUCGAAGCAGCUUCUCGAAACAGGCUAUUGGAGUUUGACACCAUAGUCAGCUGAAUCUAGAAGCUGUAUUGCUUGCAGUUUAAUACACACUGCUGUGUAAAUAUGAGUGAAUAGCAUUAUUCACAAAUGCAAUUCAGUGUUUUUUUCAGUAUGAUAAGCCAGUCAGUGAUUUUGACUCAUACGCUGCUUCUUUUUUUUUUUAAUUAAUGCAAGCAAGCAAUCAAGUUUUUAAUCUUACAUUUCUGCUUCCUACUCUUCACCUUUUUUUGUUACCACUGCUGCUUCAGACACGCUAAGGAAAUACCACUUUAAGCCACAGCCGAGAGGCCGAGAGACCGGUUGACAAUUGCCUGGCAACCAUGCAUUGCUAAGGAGAAAUAUAUAUUCCCCGACUUGUUGCAAGUGGUUGCUGGCAGUUGCUUUGAAAUCGAGUGCUAAAGGCCCAGUCAAGCUGGCCUAGAGACUAGUCAGUGACCCCCCUGGUAAUCACUGGCCACAGGAGAAAAAUGUGUUUUCCCAACCAGUUGGCAAGUGGUUGCAGGAGGUUGCUUGCUGUCACAAGAUGCAGUUGGUCAUAAAGGGGUAUACGAUACCGCAGUGAAAACCUAAUGAUUGCUUUGCAGAUUGCUGCAGUCGCCUGUUGUUUGGAUGGAAGACACCAACUUGUCUGCAAACACUAUUUGCUAAGUGUGACGCGAACCUAAAUCAGAGACCAUUUGCCUUUAAAGUAAAAGUUGCACCUUUUGAAAGUUCCUGGUUUUAGCAGUAAUGCACAAUUUUGCAGGCAAACACUCUGUUUUCAGCUUGUGUCAUGCUCUUCAGUUUUCACUGCUGCUGUUUUUAUCACUGUCUUCCGUCCAAACAGGUCGUACUGCAGGGGACGCCUCGGUGUUCCCCUGCAGGAGGUGAUGGAAGUCUGGGUUUCUCUGCUUAGGCUGCUCACCCCGCAACCUGACCCUGGAUAAUGCAGAAAAGGAUGGAUGGAUGGAUGGAUUGAUGGAUGGAUGGAUGGAUUCCCUCUUUGCAACCAGUUUCACUGGGUGACAGCCAGCAAACUCCAGUAACCAUUUACCAGUGAAUUUGGGAAUGUGCAUUUUUUCCAUUGCGACCAGAGGUUGCCAGGUGGUCUCCAAGCAGUCAGUAGGCUCAUGAGGCCUUACAUAAUUAGUUUUAAGUCUUUAAUUCAUUUUUAGUAGAAAAAUCAUUAAUGAAUAUUUGCUCUGAGAAACUAGAGUUCUCUUGAAAAUUGCUUUAAAUAGCAUUGAAAGGUACAAACAGCUAAUUAGCUUACUAGCUGAUCAAGUUGUAAUUAUUAAUCUUGCUGUUGUGAGGUUUACAUCCAUUCAGGAUAAUUACAUGUCUGCCUUUGGCAUAAGUUUUUAUUUGCUGCUGACACUUAAAUUUGUGUCUAAUUUGCUGUUGGUCUCAUUUUACAGCUGCGACGUGAUGUAAACAAACUGCAGUCAGUUUCACGCUGGCUCUCGUUUCACGUAGCUACUGUGGGGCCCAAACGUUUGCCCUGUCUUUAAGCAGUUAGCACUUAUACAGGACUUUAAUCACAGUAUAGUUGUGUGUUUAUGUUUUAAAGACAUUUUUUUAUAUGUCCUUGUGAGCAGCCAGCCACACAGCUUUGGUAAUUUCUCAUGUUCUUUUACUUUUACACAACCUCGAUAGGUCAGCGUGGCUCUGAUAUAACUUCAGUCUGUCCUCUCUUCCCCCUCUUGCACUGCUCAUUUGUUGUUGACUUCACUGAACACCACAUUUUUAAAUCUUUUACAGCUUAAGUAAUCAGUACAGUCCUCUGACUCUGAGUAACAUAACAAAAAUACUUUGAUGAAUUUAAUCUGAGCAUGAAGAAUUUAGGAAGCUUUUCAGGUUGUUCAUUUUUUUAAAUAUAUACAUUUUUUACAUUUUCAGGGGAUUAUUUUUAUUUGUGUAUAAAUAUCUUUUCCACCUCUCACUAAUAAUUUACCUAUAGGGCCUUGUGACACCUUUAAAAAUAUGAAUUCUUUUUUUUUUUCUUUUUUUUGGAAUAACCAGGUUAUCGUUUCAGUGAAAACAUUUCUGAGGCGUAUUGUUUAUAAGCUAAAAUGUUGCCAAAUCCAUCAUCCAGUUGGUGGAACUGAACGUGACUGAGCCUGACUUCUGCUCUCCACAGUCGCUUGAGCUAUAUCAUUUGUUAAGCUUGACAUUUACUCGUACUCCUGAUCUGAGUCAGUAAAAACAAACGGCACUCACAUCCUGAUCUCGACGCCUGUCCGACCUCCAGCUAAGGCUCAUCGUGCAAUGUGUAGACCUGCCAUAUGUAAAUCUCAGUGUUGUGACAACAAUGUUGCUUUUGAUGGAAAACAAGCCUCACUGUACAAAAAAGAAGUGUAAAAAAAAAAAAAAAACACAA